CUGGCGGAGACGGUGGAGCCCGUAGAGGCUCCUUCAAUAGCUGCGCAACCGCCUGUGUUGCUUGUAGAUUAUAUCACAUCAAUGCAAGCGAAGACAUUCUCGAAGAUGUCUGGUAUCGAGCUUGCUGACGUCCAGAUUCCAGAGAGUUCUAUAGUGGACACGAGUACAUGGGCGGGUUCGAGAAACUUGGACCAAUUGGUGGACUUCAUUAUCAAGAUGCUUCCCACCCUUCACACUCGUAUGGGGCAACGGCCCAAGAAUAAUGGUGCCCCAACGCUGAUUUUCGUCGCUGGAGCGGCUCUACGGGUCGCGGAUGUUACUAGAGUGCUCAAGGAUAAGCGGCUCCGCGGAGAGAAGGGCGGUGACGUCGCGAAACUUUUCGCUAAGCAUUUCAAGCUCGAGGAACAUGUCGCGUACUUGAAGAGAACGAAGAUUGCUGCGGCAGUGGGGACUCCAGGACGCCUAGGCAAGUUGUUGUGUGACACAGAUGCUUUCUCGACGUCGGCGCUCACUCACAUCAUCCUUGAUGUGUCCUAUCGAGACGUGAAGAAGCGUACGCUAUUAGACAUUCCAGAGACUCGGGAUGAGGUUUUCAGGACAGUGCUCGGUGCGCCGAAAGUUUUCAACGGCUUGAGGCAGGGGACAAUCCAGUUAGUACUAUUGUAG